UGCAUUUCAUCAUUCGUGCUUAGACAGCCUCCGUUAUUUAAUCGUCACGUAAAAAAUAUAUAAUAUACGUUUUCCCAUUUUUUGACUUAUUUCAGAGGCAUAUAUUAUUUGACAAGAUGCAUAUCAUUUCAAUGUUAUCGGUCUUAUUUUAUUUUUAUUUGUGCCAACAAUGUUAUUCGGCGGGAAAUGAUCAUAAUCAUGCAAAUGAUGGUGGUGAAAUCCAUACGACCAACAUUGAUUGGACGUCAGAAGAUCAUAUGUUGCUAAAUGAUUCUUUCAAGAGUCUUAGUGAAUUAAAAAAUCUCCACCACUAUCUGAACACAUUCGGUGGUGACGUAUGUCGCGGCUGGAAUAAAGAAGCGAAAUCGCAGCUACUGAUCCUGGUAGAUUCAAACACCAAACAUGAGUUCCAUAGACAAAUAGCUCGGGUCACAUGGCUCCGAAACUUCCACGGCAGUCAUAGCAAAGUGCGUGCAGUGUUUUUCGUGGGAAAACCACAAAGCUUGAAGAUGACUGAACGCCUAUUAGUGGAGAACCGAAAAUACGGCGACAUUGUCUGGACGCACAUUCCAGAAACUUCCAAUCAUCACAGGUCGGUGAAAAUGGUAUCCGGACUAGACUGGGUGCUCAACAGAUGCAAACACGCCAAAUUUAUACUAAAAAUCGACGACAAAUCAAUCGUCAACAUGCCGGCCAUCCUGAAAUUCAUUGAUAAACAACAGAACUCGAAAAACUCCAUAUGGGGAUUCAAACACAGCGUUUUGCCGAUGAAAACCAAUACGAACUAUAUCAACUACACUUGUGAGCACGCAUAUAUGAUGACAAAUGACGUAGUUAAAAAAUUGUACUUCGGUGCUUUAGAAAAGAUCCCCUAUAUGAGCGACGAAAACCAAUUCCUUACUGGAGUUGUAGCAGCUAACCAAGGCGUUGAUGUAAUACAUGAUAAACAUUUCAAAGCUGUAACAUUAUCAUCAGUUCUCCCAGAUAACAGCACUGCGGUUGAAAAAUGUAAUUAUUCGCGACACCACUACAUUUUCCUAAAACCCGAGAAUAAAGAUGAGUGGUCACAUAUUGUGUCAUCAUUCAAGAUCUGUAAAUCUAUUUCAACUAAAAAUUCAAUACAUCAUAAAUCAGUUUAAAAAAUUAAAGUUAUAAUAAACAGUGGUCAGACCAUAUCAGUUUAUAAUAUUACUAUUCUAAAAUAUAAAAAUACUUAAAAAUCUUUA